CGGACAAGAACGCACUACGGGGUACAACAAGGACAACCGACGUCUGUUUGGCGAUCUAUACAACCCGAUACUCCACUCGAGCUGCUUGUCCACGCUCGCUUUGCGUCGAACGAGAAGGCGUUCCUCGCCCUUCCUCCUCCCCCCUCCCCCUUCUCCUCCCACAGCUCGUGGGGGGUGGCCUCUCACAAGAGGACAUACAACCUUCAAGUUUGUCCCCGUCGCGGAGCCGCCUGCGCCGCGGCUUUGUUUGGCAGGAUGGUGUACGACUGGGAAGGAAAGCGGGAGAUCUGUUAUCAGAUGUACAUUAAAGACAAGAAGGCGCUCGAGGAGAUUAUGGAGUAUAUGAAGAAUGUCUACCAAUUUGCACCGAGUAAACGAGCGUUCCAGACCCAGUUCAAACGAUGGGGCUUUCCAUCCAAACAGAACCCAGCACACAAGAAUGUCGAACUCGUGGCGCGUGUCAAACAGCUCUGGGAGCGGAACACCAGCCAACGGGACAUGCUGCGCAUGCUCAAUGAGGAAGGCUUCGAGAUUAAAGAGCGGGAGUUGAUGCGCGUGCGCGCCAAGAACCGCUGGCUGCUUCGCGUCCCCAACGGCAUGAAGUCGCAGUCGCGGAUGAUGCAGACGCCUGUGCAGCAGUUACCGGAGGAUGAGGGUCUGCUGGCCCUGCAGCAGGAAGUGUACAAGUCCGGGUUGCCGUUCGACGAGGCUGAGGAUCCUCUUCCCCCGGUCGCCUCCGCCGCCCCUGACGCCGCCCCUGCCGACGCGUCGAGCACUUCCCCGAUUCCUCCAGGCUUGUCGGCCGAGGCGCUGGUCAAGCGCAAAGAGAGACUGGAUAAGCUGAAGGCUGAGAGUGCCGAACGGUGGGCGAAUCGCAAACGUCGUCGGCGCACGCGUGGAUGGGCAGGCAUGCCGGCGGACCCUCCGGGACCGCCUCGAUUUCCGUCGGAGACGACGAUUGACGAGAGUAAGAAGUAUCUAAACUUGGAUAAUGCGAUGUAUCGCCAGAUUCGGGACCAGUUUCAGCAGAUCUGUGAGGAAGCAGGCUUCAUCAAGAAAACGGUGGCUGGGCCCGAGAGAUGGCAGGAGGCGAAGAACAAAUUGAUCCAGGAGUCCUAUCACCUUCAGCAAGUCUUUCAUGAUCCGAACCAAUUGGAUGUCAAGUCGCUGGCGCUGGAUGUCGUCUGUACUGAUGUGACGAAAAGAAUGCGAACGUUGGAGCGCCGGAUGACUAUUGCUGAGGCGAAAAAUGCCCUGGGUAUCAAUCCGGAGGAGAGUCGCCAGAUUCGGAAUGCUUUCUACAAUACGCUCAAGGCAGAUCACUUCACCAGUAAGCUGGAGGCAGGAGAUGAGCAUUGGAAGGAAUUAAAGGAACACUGGAUUCAGAACUCGGAGCUUCUACGGCGCAUUCUGGCCCCCGGCGCCGCGGACCCUGAGCAUGCGACAAAAUUGAAGGCGCUCGAGGUUCUUUGUCGCGACGUCAUGAAACGGCUUCGCGAUGAUCAAACGAAGCGGCAUCCCGCCCGGAAGUCGUCGGUCACUCACUCCCAUGUGGCCAGCCCAGAUCUGGAGAGUCCGCCCGUCAGCGUCAAUGCUACGUUUGGCAGUGGCAUCGCGAAUGGCAUCAGCACGCUAGCUUCGCAGGCCCUGGCCAGUGCGUCAGUAUCUCAUAGCGACCUGGGAGACAUGCAGAUUGACCCUUCGUUAUUGCAAGCCGCCAACGAUCCCUCCUUUGCCACCGCUGCCCAUGCGGACUCGGGCAAUGCCUUUGGCUAUGUGGAUCCCAUGCUGGGGACGUCCCUCCUGCACGUUCCCGUCUAUCUCCGCGUCCAUCCCCAGAGUCCAUUACAUGGAGAUGCUAAGACAUGGGUGGAUAAGCUCACCGCCCGAUCGUUGACCGAACUCCAGCAGUUGGUCGCAGCACGAUAUCCCGACGCCGUUAUCACCAAGGUAGAAGGGACUGACCGUGACGAGAAGGGCAAUGAGCUCUCGUUUGUCAUCGAUGAAGAGCACGAGUUAGAUGCUUAUUUAACUCAUGUCCAUGGAAGGAAAGCGACGUUUGUCUUUACCUUGGACCAGAUUUGACAUUUCACGCCAAUCAGCCAUAACUUCACUACAGUAAUGUUACUGAUACCCAUAGCUGCACAUUAUGCAACCAAUUUAUU